GCGUCACCAACUACAUAUGUAAGUUUUGUUGUCAAAGUCGGCAGUUCCCGCCACAGCAUGGUCGGUCUCUGUGUUCUGGUCGUUCUCGUCACCCUCGCCUACGAGGCAGUUGGAAACGUCAUUGUGUACCCACAUGCCAAGGGUCCGGCGGCUUCCAACAAAUUCAAGGUGUAUGUGAGUCAAGGCGGAAGGAAACAUGAGAGUUUCACGUACAUCAGCACAUCCGACCAACGUUCCCACGAAGCAUCCCAUGUCCACCCAGGACGGUCGAUGUCCUUCACGUCAUUUGCCUUCGCUGGUGGUUCUGUGACGGUGGAAGUUCACACCCAGCGCGACUUCCACAACUGCAUCGUCAGACCCAAGAGUUACAACUACCACUGCCGCAGAACGGGAACCAAGGUCGCCCAAUUCACCGUGUCAAACACCAAAAAGUGGAUGUCCGUAGAAUUUGACUACGAUUACGGCAGCAGUAACGGAGGCCCCGACAUAACUGACAGACUACUUGUGUUCGCAGAUCCACCCGAGACACACAAACCAAACAAGAACGACAACUCUGUUCUGUAUUAUGACGUAGGGCUUCACAACCUGAACGGUCAGAAACAACUGGAUUCCCACGUAAAAGAAGUAUACUUAGCACCAGGAGCAUAUGUUCAGGGUGGAUUCAAGACCACUGGGAACCAGCCAGUGAAGAUCUAUGGCAGAGGAAUAGUCUCUACUUCUAUAUACAAGUGGCACGAUUCAAGGUUUGAAUGGUCAAUAAUCAACAUGGACAAGGGACAUUCUCACGUAGUUGAGGGGAUCAUUAUGGUGGAUCCUGAGGAAUACUUCUACCGUGGACUGAGCGAUCACAAUACGGUGCGUUAUGUGAAGAUGGUUGGAUCGUGGGCCUUCAACUCCGAUGGUGUUGGUAUUGGACAUGAUGGACUGGUGGAGGACUGCUUCAUCUGUGCAAACGAUGAUGCACUGAAGGUAUACACGGACAAUAUGGUGGCGCAGAGGGUGGUCAUCUGGCAGAUGCAGAACGGAGCUGUCUUCCAGAACGGCUGGUGGAGCGGCAGAGACAUGAAGAAGGUCAGAAUCAGCGACAUCGACGUCAUUCACACCGACUGGUGCACUUUCAAAGGUUCCAACUGCCAGAUCAGCGACAACGAUGCAGUUUUUGACCUCGCUGGUGACACAAAGCAUUUUGCCAUGAGUGAUGUCGUCUUUACCAACAUUAGAGUAGAAGGGUCCUGUCCACGUAUCGUGUACUGGAAGAUGGCAAACGGGGCAUCGGGUACGGCUUCCAACGUCCGCAUCGUCAACUUGUCAGUGGAGUCGCAACCUGGCCACGACAGCCUCCACAACGAGAUUGCAGGGAAUUCUGGAGGAAGGGUCACCAACUGGCAGUUUAACAACUUUAAGAUUGGCGGUAAAUGCAUCUCCAACCCAGGCCAGGCAGACUUUCACAUCGAUGCCCACACCACCAGCAAUAUCCAGUUUCAUUGUGGAGGAUCUAUUAUAGGAUAAAUCUCAGAAACGAUGCUUAUCAGAAACGAUGGUUUCAAUGCAUAUUGUUACAUUAAAGACCUUAUUAAAGCUUGUAAAAA